AUGGGAUUAGCCAGCCCAAUAUCACCCGGUCCAUCUACUCAAUCAGUGGGGUCAGUAGGUACAACGCGCACUCCGCAGCACGUCAUGCCAUUAUGGCAAAACUCGAAUCAUCACACCCCACGUUACGAACUACGAAGGAUCGUUGAGCUUCGGGCGAGCAAACAGAGUUCACCACAUAGUUGUUUCUUGCAUGCAGCUAUGAGCAAGAUAUAG